CAAGCUCCACUUGAGCACCUUCAACUCCCCCCCCCUCCCAUUUCUCAGCUACCUUUCUUCUCUAUUCAAUGGCUUUCAAUCACCAUUACCCUCUUCUCAUCGCCUCUCUCUUCUUGCUAUCCACCCUCAUUGUCCCCUCAACCGCCAGCGGCACCGCAAGGAAGCUAUCUCAGGGUCAGCAGCAGCAACCGAUGACCACCCUUUCCUACCAUAAAGGUCCUCUCCUCAAGGGGAACAUCACCGCUCACAUCACCUGGUAUGGCAAGUUCACCCCUUCACAACGUGCCAUCCUCUUGGACUUCAUCCAGUCCCUGAGACUCCACAUCCCUGCACCUUCAGUCCCUUCAUGGUGGAAGAUGACAGAGAAGUACAAAGGUGGUUACACUAACCUCAUCCUCGGGAAACAAACCAUCGACAAUACUUACUCUCUGGGUAAGUCUCUGAAAUCCCCUCACAUCCUCCGUUUCGCUCGCAGAGGAGAGCAUCAGGGAUCCAUCAGUGUCGUCUUCACUGCCAAAGACGUGGUCGUUGACGGCUUCUGCAUGAACAACUGUGGUAGCCACGGUACAGGUAAGACUAGUAAGAGCGCGAAAACCAAGUUUCCUUACAUUUGGGUCGGUAACCCCGAGACCCAAUGCCCUGGUGAAUGUGCCUGGCCCUUCCACCAACCCAUUUACGGACCACAAUCCCCACCUUUGAUUCCACCUAACGGCGACGUCGGUGUUGACGGCAUGAUCAUCAACUUCGCUACUCUAUUGGCGGGUACGGUGACGAAUCCUUAUGAUAACGGUUACUACCAGGGUCCGUCAACUGCGCCGUUGGAAGCCGUCUCUGCUUGUACGGGUAUUUACGGGAAAGGAGCCUUCCCUGGUUACCCUGGACAGCUAUUGGUGGACAAGACGACUGGGGCUAGCUACAAUGCCAUAGGGAUCCAUGGGCGUAAGUAUCUGCUACCGGCCAUGUGGGACCCAAAGACCUCUGCUUGUACCACUCUGGUCUGAAACAAGACCUGAAAAGUGAAACCUAAACUGAAAGAGGUGGAGGAGAUACGGUAGAUGAGUGAGUGAGUGAAUACAUGUACGUAUGUAGAUACGGUUGCGGAAAGUAUUGGGUGACGUGGAUGUGAAAUGUGGUAUACUGUUCUGCAGUUUGUUGUUUUGAACUUGGCCGUGUAAUUUGUAAAAGAUAUGGAAUUACUAUAUUAUGUUAAAAUAAUUGAAAAAAAAUUAAUAAAAAUAGUUCUGAUUCGUUUA